AUGCUCGCGGUGCUUGCGGUAGAGCAUGACGAAAGGUCACAUGCGCGUGCGCCAGAACCUCGGACACGGCUCGACGAUUUAGUACAUCUCCUCGUGCUCCUUCUUCCUCUGCUUCGCGAGAUCGUCCCAGUAUUUACACCUCUUACCAGUAUGCACUGUCAUCAAUGUGCAAAUACAGACACGGCUUUGCCUGUAGCCCAAAUCAGCACGUUCAACGCUCCGGAUCUCAACCCUGGUGCACCACUCACACUCGCUGCACACGGUCGCAGUGCAUCCAUCUCCUCGAUCCAGUUACUCACUAAUGCUCGCACUCUUUGCCAAACGAUUCCACAACCUGUCUCACAAGCACUACCUCAACCUGCACAACCUCACAACUGA